UCCUGUUUCAAAGUCCAGCUGAGCGCUGAUGUUGCACAGUUGCAGAAAGAAGCGCUCUUUUCUCUUUCUUUAGCUUUGUUCUGGAUGUGUGAUCAAACAUGCAGCAGGGUGUGGAGUCUCUGGUCCGACUGCUGGAGUCCUACAGAGGAAGAGAUAAAGUUAUCAGGACGGUCUGUUACGGUUCUCAGCUGGUUGGAGGAGUUCUCACCAGGAAGGCAGAAACAGACGUUUCCUCCCAGCGACUUGGUAAAAGUCUGCUGCUGUUUUCGGCUCAGCUCAGCCACUGCAGGACGGUGCUGAGGCUGUUUGACGAUCUCUCCAUGCUGGCGUACUCCCACAGCUAUGGGUUUGGUGCUUUGGAGGAGGACGCAGGCGUCCGCUGGAUAUCGGUGCUGACGAACGUGGCGGACCAGCUCUACUACCCGUGCGAACACAUCGCCUGGGCYGCCGACGCUGAGCUCAUCAAAGCCAGGUCUGAUAAGUGGUGGUUGUUCAGCACGGUGCUGUGGGGGAGCUCCCUGCUGCUGGGGAUCCUCAGAUCACUUCGAGUUCUGGUGUUGCUGAAGAGGAAGUUGAAGAAAUACGAGCGGGAAGAAGGAGGCAGCAGACGCUCUCAGCUCUGCAGGCAGAUGCGAGGGGAGCUGCUGUCCAUCCUCAGCUGCGCGGCGGACCUCUGUAAUGCUGUUCACUGGAUGCCUCCUGGUUUCCUGUGGGCGGGGCGAUUCCCCAGCUGGCUGGUGGGCUUGCUGGGCACCAUCUCCUCUCUGAUCGGGUUGAUUCAGAUGAACAGCAGUAGUGAGCAGUCAGACGCUGCAGAGUCCUCGUGAAGGAGAGGCAUGAACUUUUUAAUCAGCGCUGAUGGGAUUACGAAUAUUAGUUAAAAAAUGUCUGUAGAGAUUUAUUUAACUCUUAGCAUUAAUCAUAAAAUCUUAAUCCUCUGGACUUCUUUCUGUCUAGUGGGUGAAUAACUAGAAAUGUUUGCAACAAACAGUUUGAAUUUUUUAAUGGAUUUUUUCCCCCAAAUCUGUUGUUUUUUAAAGUGUCUUGAUAUUUCAUAGCAAUCAAUGUUUUGUUCUUUGAAUAAAAAUAUUUACAUGCCAUUUCAGUGAAGUGUAGAAAACAAAACAUUUACAGAAGUCCACUAACGAUACCUAGGAAUGCCUAAGAAAACAACAAAUUUGCUGUUUUGUUUCAUUGUGCAAGCUUGAUCUAAAGCAAUUUCAACUUGAUUUUAUUUUUAAAAUGUAAAAACAUUACAAGCCAUAAUACACAGCUAUAAUUAUGUAAAAGCUGAUUUAUUUUUAAAGAAAGACAAUUUACAGAAUCAACCUAAUUCUAUUGGAUUGUUUAAAAAUUAAAGAUAAUUUGACAUCUUUCCAACGAAAAGCGUGCACUUUGAUAUUUUACUCUUUUUUUAUUUUCUGUUUCAGAUAGCACAAAUUAAUUUUUCCUAAUGGGUAGAUACACCUAAAGCUGUCUUUUAAAUUGUAAAUUUGAUGUAAAUAUUAAAUACAAUGUAUAAAUAAAUAAAGACUUAAGCUUUUUCCUUUU